AUGCAUUCAUUUAUUCAAUUCGUUCCUUCUCGUUCAAGCGUCCUCAAUGGUAGUAGGCAUCGCGUUCAUCUGCACCGGGGACUUCACGGCGUCUUCACGUCCCGGACGCUCGCACUUGGCUACCUAAGUACAGUCGAACGAAACGACCACAAGUGGAAUUUGUAUCUGUUGUCGCUUACAGAGAAAAAAACUCCCCACUUUAUACCCUUGUUUUGUCUUUGUUCAUAUCUAUCUCUCUCUGUUCAUAUCUAUUUCACCUUUUGUGCAUAUCUAUGUAUCUUUGUUCAUUAUGUAUCUAUCUAUCUAUGUUCAUAUCUAUGUUCAUAUCUAUCUCUCUAUCAUUCUAUCUAUCUAUCUAUCUAUCUAUCUAUCUAUCUAUUUGUCUCAGUCUCUUCAUAUCUAUCUAUCUAUUUGUCUCAAUCUCUUCAUAUCUAUCUAUCCAUCUAUCUCAGUUUCUUCAUAUCUAUCUAUCUAUCUAUCUAUCUAUCUAUCUAUCUAUCUAUCUAUCUAUGUUCAUAA